UUAAUCUAUCAUUUUGUUGUUGUUCCCUUUUAGGCACGUUGCCGCACCCUUCGUAAACCAUCGUGUGCGUGGUCUCGAGGUUGGAUUGACUCGGUGAUGCCGCUUAUCUUGCGCUUGUUGUUGUUGUCGCCGGUGAUGGUUUCCGUGCUGCGAAUGACAUCCGAAGUCUUUUCGCCGAAAAUCAACUCGUCGUAGUUUCGGUGCCGAUUCUUCCCUUGCUCGUCAAAGAGCGAUGCCAGAGCAUCGUGCACCGCCACGUAGUCCCGAAAGCCCUGUGUGCUUGCGGUUUCUCGCGCCCAUCCCGUGCACCGCAGCGACACGCUUCGAAUGUAUUCCUCGGCAACGUUGGCGCUGACCUUUCCAAAACCAGUGCUCGCGUUCCUCAGCUUGCGGACCUGCUGUUGGGCCCUAAGGACGUAUUCGAUCGCGCUCCGUUUCCACGCCGCCCGCUGCCGGCUGAAUCGCUCUAAUCCCACCAUGUCCUCCCGCUCCUCUGGGGUUUUGGGGUCCUCCGAACGAUUUCUGUGGUUUGAAAUGAUAACCUUGGCUUCUUGCUUCAUCGAAGCGAGCUCAUCGCUUUGGUACCACAGCUCUCUGCGCUCUUCUUCCGUGAACAAGUCCGUUACUCUGGGUGAUCCUCCCGACGCAUUUGGGGCAUUUUUGUUGGCAUCAUUCCUGUACUUCGAUGGAAACGGUGCAAACCGAAUCCGUUUUCCCGUGCUAUUCUUGUCCCCGGUUGUAUUAAGUUGUGCUGCUAGCUCGCUGAAUAAGUUCUUGUUGUUAUCGCUGCCGUGUGCAAACGGUAUGUGUUGGGGCCGCGUCGAGGUGCUGCUAGAAUCCAAUGCUUGUUCUCUCAUUGGUGUUGGAUUGGGAAUUUCAAUGWUCAUAGUGCGGCUGAGGUGGCUUUUGAGUCCGUCAACGCGUAGUCGUUUGGCGUUCUCGGCGCUUGCCGUGCUGUUGGCGAUACAAAGUGGUGUCGUCGUUAGCUUCUCGUUUCCGACAACCCCAUUCGUCAUAUAAAUGUCGUUAAUCUUCGUAUUCGUAUCGAUCGGUUGUAAUAUCAUUGUUGCCAUGCUUGUUUCGUUGUCUUUGUGCAAAUCUUAUGUAGUAUAWAA